AUGAGGCUCCCCUUCAGGCAAGACACGGACAUGGCAGGUGCGAUCUUCAUGUGCAGCACCAGGGCAAGGGAGCAGUUCUUUGUCUCAGGCGUUUUCAGAGUUGCUUUAGAGUAUCAGCCCUUUGUCGACAAUGUCAAACAAGGGAUGCCUCUCUUUCUCUUUGACUACAACGAACGCAAGCUUUACGGGGUGUUUGAGGCUGCCUCUGAUGGUGGACUGGAUAUUACUGACAGAGCUGCUUUUAGAUCUUCUGGCCACUCAUAUCCUGCACAGGUUCGAUUCAAAAUUAUUUGGAAGUGCAGACCACUUGCAGAAGAUGAGUUCUCUCAUGCCAUAAAAGAGAAUUACUAUACGAUGUAUAAAUUCUAUUUUGACCUUUCCUACCAGCAGGUUGUCCAGCUAUAUGAGUUGUUUGAUAAUAAGAGGGUAGAGCAACCUAUUCGCAACUACACCAUAAGUGCUCAUUCGAAAGAAGGCCACUUCAGUAAAGGGAGACCAGACAAAAGGAGUUUGACUCCAAAUAUUUCUCCCAUUUCUACUGAUCAAUCACACACUUUGAUUGUAACAGCUGGAACAAACUAUUCUGCUCCUACAAGGAUGCGUGGAACUGUACCACAUAAUUUUGAGGCACGAACAAAUCUGUCAGUGCCAUUGGUAAGUAAACCUGUUGGAGUCCAAAUUGAUCCCAUCCACAGCAGCCAUCAUGUUCAAAAGAUAUUACCUUAUCAUAACAAUUCACAUCUCCAAGAUGUUUCGACAGUAGAUGGCAUUUCAACUCAGGUAUAUGCUCCCUGUUCUCAGACAAAUGGAUAUCACCAAGAUCAAGUUGUUGCAAAUCAAUCAUAUCCAAUAUCUGAUGACUACAUGCACAGUAGCUUGUCUUCUGGAUGCAUGACUGCCAGUCCAACUGAUAGAAUUAGGUCGUCUGAAAAGCAGUCAUAUGUAGGCAGUACUUCGCGAUCUCUUCAACAUAUUACUCAGGCAUCAACUGGCGGAGACAGAAACUACGUGAAUUCAACUCCAAAUGUCCCUUCGUAUCAUUUUUCUCUGGCAAAUCGACAAGGCAGUGCUAACUUGAAGGACAACUAUGAUAUCGACUGUCACCACUGCAAAGAGAUACACACAUCUGAGCAUCAGCACUUAAGCAAGGAAAGAGCUCAAGUAGCUCCAGUAUUAAUCCAACAAGGUAUUCCUGCAUACCCUGAAGUUCCUGAAGUAUCAACAAUUGGUCAACGGAAAGAUGAUUUUAGUGAUUACAUCCCGAUUGCUGAUUGUGCUCAAGAUUUUGAUAAUGAUUGGUGGAAACAUGGCUCCUAUCAUAGUGUUUCUAGUUCACUGGAUCGUCGAAAUGUUAUUGGAGCCAGCAUGUCAGAUCAAUUACACACAAAUCGUGAAAUAGAAGCUGAAAGUAACACAACAUUAGUUCCUGGUCAGUGCUCACAAAACAGUGUGUUUUCUCGCUUAUCGAUGAAGCAACAACCUCUUCAAGAAGUUGUUGGCUCACAAAACAGUGUGUUUUCUCGCUUAUCACCGAAGCAACAACCUCUUCAAGAAAUUACUGGUCCUUCACUCAGUCAAAUGCUUAAUUCACUUUCUACAAGAACAAAACAAUGGAGCAGUGGGAAUAGUACACAUAUUUCUAAAGAAAGAGAGAUUAGAAGUGAGAACAGUACACUUAUUUCUGAAAAAAGAGAGAUCAGAAGUGAGAACAUGACACUUAUUUCUCACAAAAGAGAGGAUAGAGCACUUGCUUAUGAUGCUGGCAAACAGUUGGCUGUUGAACAGUCCAUUGACAUAACCUGUCCUCUUGCUGAGCUAAACCUGCCAAACGUAGUAGAAGGAAAAGAAAGUGCAGAGCCUCCCUUCUUAAACUUCAAGAGGCGCAGCGAAACAGUGCAGCUGGAUGGCAACUUAGGAAAGGAGACUAGUGGAAAAAUGAAGAGGAGAAAGCUUGUGCGCCCUUCCUUUGGGGAGAAUAACAACUCUACUAAUUCUGGAAAAGAGAUCGAAGUGAAUGGAGCAGAGGACAGGAAACACCCACAUUUCGACGCCGAUGGGAACAAGUUCAAUAUUGACCUGAACAAACCGGCAUCCACAGACAAUGAUGUAGUGAAGGAGGAUGGUAGCACUAUACUGUGUCCUGUUGAUAUCAACAUACAAACUGAGAAGUCCUGUGAAGUAAACACCGCACACAAGCUGAAUUUUUCAGAUGCUAUGGAGGUAACUGGGAAACAAGAUCACCCUGUGGAGAAUGCCGCACAAACUGGUGGUAAAGUUUCACUUGAUUUGAGCAUUGCAGAUUUGGAUGCGAUGGACAAGUCUAAGCUUCAAGCAAUUCUUGAUUCACCAUGGUUGCAAGCACUUGACAAGCUGAGGAAUUGCAAGUCCAACAACUCUGAGGUGGCUGGAUCAAGCACUUGUGGUGAUGACAAUACAUUGAAAAUGGAGACGAACCCUGAUGGGAGCACCUAA